CUCCAACCUAGUCCCAAGUCACUGCCUGAGUCACUACUACUUGGUACUGCCACACGUUUUAAGUCCCGCCCCAUCAGCGGGGAAAAAGUGUGGUCGCAUGUAUCUCCAGCUUCGCGCUCGUUAGUGCAGCUGAACCGAUGGUUGCUCGUGUCCUUCUUCGCUCAACCCACGUCGGUGCCUGCAAGUGCCCAUUUCACUUUCGCCUUUUGUGUUCCGACCGAUCAACGCCCGCGACAGCAGCGAGCCGGUCUCUGCGCAACAGCUUUGCGCCUCGCAAUCAAUGACGGAGAAAACUACUGCGCAAACGGGUCCAGCCCCAGAUCAGAAUACCUCCAAUGGAACGGCCGAGAAUACGACCCCUAGCAAGAUGGUAGAUGGAAGCACAGUCGGCAAAGCCGACUCAAACACCAAAGAUAACGCGCAAACGUCGCCUGCCUCGAAACCCGAAGGUGCUGCUGCGGGGGCUCGUGCCAGCCCGAAGAAACGGCGCAAGGUCAAUCAUGCAUGCGUCUACUGUAGGCGAUCGCAUAUGACCUGCGAUUCGGAGCGACCGUGCACUCGAUGUAUAAAACGCAAUAUCGGGCACCUGUGUCAUGACGAACCGAGAGAGCCAUCGAAACGAGCGCGCAGCGAACACGAACAGUCUGCUGCAGACGAGGAGGGUUCUUCAAAUAACGAAUACCCGAAUGUUCACGCCAUGCCUAGGAAGGUCGAUAUCCAAGAUGCUGCAGGUCAGCAGAUCCUGGCCGAUGGAAACUUGGGCCUUACGUCGUCCCCUAUGAAUGCGGUGCAACCUGGACCCAUGUCCUCCUCUACAGGCCAAAACCUGGGUGUCACGCCUCAGCAACAGCUUCUUGGAUACAAUGACUGGGUGGGCGGCCAAAGCCAAUUUCAAGACAUGCAUACAUUUCACCCUUCCUAUAUGUUCAAUGCGCCCGAAGUUACGAACGAAUAUAACCUUUUAGGUGACUUUCUCAGCAACAGUUUACUUGACGAUGGAAGCAUCUUCCAGAACGACGAUAUGCAGAGAAUGUAUUCGGACCCAACGUUGAUCAACUCCAUGUCUGUGCUCGGGGGCCCAAAUACGUCGCUGCUUCAACAAUCUCAGCCUCUGGGUCCGCCGCAAAACACAGCGAACCAGGGUGACAGCUCAGGGCCAGUCAUCAUUGGGAACGAUAAAGCGAGGGAAACGUACUAUAUGACAGCAGCGGACCCUUCAGGGUCUGAUCCUCCAGAAGAGCGAAUGAACAAGCUUCUCAAAGCGAAAUACGACGCAGGUCUUCUGCGACCAUUCAACUACGUCAAAGGUUAUGCAAGACUCAACUCAUAUAUGGAGAAACACCUACAGCCAGCCUCGCGGCAAAAGAUCCUCCGGCAACUGGACAAAUUCCGCCCCAAGUUUCGUGAGAGGAUGCAGAGCCUGACGGAUAUUGAACUCAUCCUGGUGGAGAUGUGGUUCGAGCGCAGCUUGAUGGAAUAUGACCGCGUUUUUGCGAGUAUGGCGAUACCGGCCUGCUGCUGGAGACGAACGGGUGAAAUAUUCCGAGGUAAUAAAGAAAUGGCUGAGCUUAUCGGCGUCCCUAUCGAGGUUCUCAGAGACGGUAAACUAGCAAUCCAUGAGAUCAUAGUGGAAGAUCAACUUGUGAGCUACUGGGAGAAAUUUGGCGCCAUUGCUUUCGACAACACCCAGAAGGCGAUGCUCACGAGCUGUACCUUGAAGAACCCAAAUGCUUCCUCCCCUAACGAAGGAAUACCUUGUUGUUUCUCAUUCACUAUCCGGAGAGAUAACCAUAACAUUCCGUCUCUCAUUGUCGGAAACUUCCUACCUUCGCAACGAAAAAAAUGAUUCGGGCUAUUGUCAAAUUCUAAUCGGCGUUUUACGGGACCCCUUAGGUACUUUCAUCGGAUAUUGGGUUGCUUGUCUUUAUUUCUCAAGGGUUACGUCUACCUUCGACCCUACAUGUGGAAUUUCGUAUAUACCAUUACAACCACGAACCGUUGUAUCAUAUUUUUAUCAAGAGGAUUGUUUGUUUUCAACAUGUUUUGCCUCAGGAAUACUGAUGAGUUUCGGUUGAGGCCUGCUUUUCAUGCUCCAUUUACUAUGUGCUAUGUAUUUACAUCUGGAGGGGUGAUCAUGUGCCCACCCUUUGAACUUCUUCGAGUACUCAAAAUCAAUUGAUUUCAUCCUCAAAC